UAGGAUGAACUCAAAACUUGUCGGAAGUAUUCGACAACAUUUAAAAAAAGACUCAUAAUGUACGUAUCAAGGGUCCACAUUUCGACCCCAAUGCACAUGCAAAAGGAAGCGAUUAUCAGUAAUUUGCAGAUUCGUCAUCGUGUUUCUGCUCCUGUGCCGUGCAUGAACACUUGAGUCAAACUUGAUGCUUGUACAAAACAUACAUGUAGGAGGAAAAAAUUAGAAAGUUGCUGUUCUUUUCGUUUUAUGUUUGGAGUUAUGAUAAUGGCAAAUGAUACUAAGGCCUAUGAAUAUUUGUUACAGACAAUACACAGUCAAAGAGACUUAGGUAGUACUGUAGGUUCUAUUAUUGGAGCGGUGAUCGGAGUCAUUGGGAACAGUAUUGUUAUUCUCGUGUACCUCUUCCGCAUAAAGGAGAAGGGAGAACGCUACUUUAUUCCGCUUUUAGCCAUUGUGGAUCUUUCUGCAUGUGUGACAAGUCCUCCAUUUUUUAUUCUGGAUAACACAUAUUUCUUUAACUAUCCAAGCAAUGCUUGGUGCAAGAUCUUAUCAUUCUUCCAGUUGUGUUUUUCAACAAUAUCGGCAAAUAUGUUACUGGUUAUAUCCCUUCAAAGAUAUCUUCUAGUUUGCAAACCGUUUUGGCCAAAAAUGACAUUAUUUUGGAAACGAUUUUCUUUUCUUUGCUCCUGUUGCAUUGGACUUCUGUGCUCGAUUCCUAUUUUGAAAACAGCUGGAAUACUAGAAUCGAACAGUAUUUACAUGAACCACAAUAUAACAACAAGAACUUGCAAAUUUUCAAUGUAUCAAUCGGUAUAUGUUUCAGCGUACUUUGGCGUUUUGUUGAUACUUUCAUUUGCAAAUAUGUUGGUCACUCUCUUCCUCUAUAUCCCUAUCCUACAUAGAAUAAAACGUUCUCGUCAGUGGAAAUCAAAUGCUGCUGAUAAAAAAGAAAUAUUGGAACAAGAGAUUGAUCAUUCCUGUUCCAGUGCAACACAUCAAACUGCAAAUAAUUCAGAAGUUAACGAAACCAAUUUAUGCAAAAAUGAAAACAAUUUUCCAAAUACAGUAAUCUCAACGGAGGAGAACACAACCGCAUGUAAAUCUGCUGGUGAGACAGACCCCGGCAAUUCAUCAGUUCGAGCGGCAACUGUUCUAUCCACAACGUUACAGCAAAAAGUGAAGAAAGUUCAUAGACGCCCAUUAGAUCGAUUCAGCAUGAUGUUUUUCAUCAUCAUUUUGGUGUAUGUGCUUUCGUAUAUCGCUCCCCUUGUGAUUCUGGUUCUCUCGUAUACAAUAGAAGACUUCGAUUACGUAACACUGUCGGAGACAGACUCUCUGGUGUGGAUAUAUGUACCCCGUUUAGUGUUUAUAAAUCACAUACUGAAUCCCUUUGUAUAUGGGUAUUUCGAUACAAAAUUCAAAGAUCAGCUCAAAAUAGUAUUUUGCUGCUACUAGAAUUAAAAGUACAAUGUACUUCCUAAAUGAAUUUGAUCAAUUACAUAAAUUUUCGGAGAAAUUUGCAAACACAUGUACGUAACUUUUCUUUAUGAAAGAUGGCUAAGUACAUAGCAUGAGAUCUCAUGGUAAAUCAAAAGAAAUAUAGUAUUAAAUUUGAAAUGUUGCAGUUGAAUAGGAAAUAUUGUUCAAAGUGAUAUACAACAGUGGGACAAGCCGACAAUAUGCCAUAACACGAACAUCAACCAAUUGUGUCAUUCCCAAGGGGAAAGUUUAGCGCUUUUGAUUGAUUGCUAUCGUGUUACGGAAGAUUUCACAGAAAUAGUGAUAUAACGGUUCUUUUCUUUAUAUUUAUUCAAAUAGCCAUUUUAAAAUCAACAUAUAUGGGCAUCAACAACAAGAAACACAAUAAAAUGAACUGUUUGAUACUUCAAUUGAAGGUGACGAAAUCGCCAUCACGUAUGACCACUGUGACGCUUGCUAAUUCCCCAAACCCAUCUAGAAACCUAUGCUAACCUUUAUGGAAAACAAAGACAAAAAAGUCCUGAUCGAAAUAAUAAACUGCCGCGAAAACAAAAAGGAGAGCCAAAUGCAGCAAACAUUUCCAUAACUGUGUGUUUAUACAGCUCUAUAUACAAAUGUAUAUAAAAACCUGAACGCACGGGGAAAGAAAAAAAUUAAAGAUUCUUGUACACGUUGCUUGGGUUUUGGGCUUGAUGGAUAUUUCAUAUUUACAAAAUUAAAAUCCUAUACUUUCAUCACACGUAUUUCAUUUUUACUGAGUCGCCCGCGUGGCGAAGUGAUUAAGGCGUUUGCUCUAGAGUCGCGAAGAAAGGAGUUGAUCCUUUCGUCGCGGGUCCGAAUCCACUUGGGGAUGUGGAUACCGGUCCUUCGGAGAAGACUGAUAAACCGAGCUCCCGUGUCGCAGAAGGUGCUGGCACGAAAAGGGGACCUAACUGCUCAAUGGCCUUGUGUGCCGAUUAUAGGUAUAAAUUUGCAGCUCUCCACCCUCAAGUGGUGGCGUCUCCAUACGAGUGAAAUAU